AUGAUGAACGGUCCGGCCAAUAGGGAGAUCAUUACUCUACAACUAGGCCGCUGUGGCAACAAUAUGGCGCAUGAGUUCUGGCGGGAUCUUUGCGAAGAGCAUCUCAUCGAGUAUCGAGAUGGCUCAGGUACGUAUACUGGGGAGGUCGAUGGCAUCAGGAGGGACCAUAUCUCGGUGUUCUUCAAUGAGGGCUCCAAGGGCCGAUACGUCCCUCGCACUGUACUGGUAGACUUGAACUUGUCCGACCUCCAACAAGUGACCGGCAGCUCCGAUGGUUUGGGCUCCCUCUAUCGUCCUGAGGGGAUCAUAGCUAAUGAUGAGGGAUCUGGUAACUGCUACGCCCGAGCAUUCCACACAGAGGGACCUGACUUAGCCGAGCAUGUCCUUGAGACGGUUCGCAAGGAGGCGGAGAGCUGCGACUGUCUUCAAGGUGUGCAGUUUGUCCAGUCUCUAUGUGGUGGAACGGGAGCUGGUCUAGGAGGCCUCUGUAUGAAGACCAUCUCGGACUUCCUCGACAGUGGAGUCGGCGUUAAAUGCAUCAUGCAAAGCUUCGCCACCGUCCCUUCUCCUGAUGUCGGUGAUAGAGUAUUGGAGUACUACAAUGCAGCUCUCGGUGUGCAGGAUCUGAUGGACUACUGUCAUCAGGCAUUCCUCUUCGACAACAUGGCCUUGUCGGCUAUUUGCCAGAAAACUCUCAAUAUGGAGGUUCCGAGGUUCUCUAAUAUGAACAACAUAGUUGCCCUUGCGAUGAGCGGCAUAACGAGUUCCCUCCGAUUCCCUGGUACUCUUGAUGCAGACCUCCGUAAGAUGCAUACCAAUCUCGUGCCCUUUCAGAACGCCCAUUUCCUCAUGACUGGUAUGCUAUCAUCA